GACAGGUAGUGACAGUCUUGUAAGAUGCCGGAGCCAGCUAAAUCCGCUCCUGCUCCCAAGAAGGGCUCCAAGAAAGCCGUCACCAAGACGCAGAAGAAGGGAGACAAGAAACGUAGAAAGACUAGGAAAGAGAGCUACUCGAUCUACGUGUACAAGGUGCUGAAGCAGGUGCACCCGGACACGGGCAUCUCGUCCAAGGCCAUGGGCAUCAUGAACUCCUUCGUCAAUGACAUCUUCGAGCGCAUCGCCGGCGAGGCCUCUCGCCUGGCGCACUACAACAAGCGCUCCACCAUCACGUCGCGGGAGAUCCAGACGGCCGUGCGGCUGCUGCUGCCCGGCGAGCUGGCCAAGCACGCCGUCUCCGAGGGCACCAAGGCUGUCACCAAGUACACCAGCUCCAAGUAGAGCGUCUCGGAUCGUCAGUUUUUAACCCAAAGGCUCUUUUAAGAGCCACCCACCUUCUCAGUAAAAGAGUCGUUAGCACUGGUUCGGUUCGGUGAGUGGUGCUUGUAUUUAACGCUUUUUAAAUUAGCAGGCUCGGAUGUACUGAUUGAUGCUGGGGAAAGCGUCACGUUAAAGCACCGGUAAUGAUUGGGGUCGUGUUGUGCGUGCCCUGCUCCGACUGUUUGUCAGGCAGAUCCUACAGCUAAACGCUAAGCACUUAAUAAAGUUCUGAAGCUAUUAGACAUUUUCUUUCACAUUUCAGAGUACUCUUAGCGCUAGCUUUCGAGCAAGUACAAAGAAAAAUGCACCGCAGGGUUUUUUUGUUGUUUUUCUUUUUCCGUGCCUUUUCGAUGUCAAUUAAAGCUUUUGUUCACUU